AAAAUAAAAAGAAUAUCAGAGCCAGGUUUCGAUCCUGGGACCUGUGGGUUAUGGGCCCACCACGCUUCCGCUGCGCCACUCUGAUUGUUGAAAGCUGUUGAAAUUAAAUAAUUAAAGAACAAUUAAAUAUGUCGUCCUCUCCAAUUUCCUUUACUCGGAACUAUUAUUCCCAAUCGGAGAAUUGCGAAGAUCAAAAAAACACUGGAAGAUGCGGCGACGACCAGGAAUCGGAGGGCUACAAAAGGCCGCGGCUGCGCGGGAUCAGUACCGGUUAUUAGGAGAGAAUGUGGCCAAGUUACGAACUGAUAUGAUGAAAGAACAGCUCGCCACUUUCAAGUCCCAGCUUGAAGAGUUCGCUCGUAAACACAAGAAUGACAUUCGUAAAAAUCCAUCCUUUAGAGCUCAGUUCCAUGAAAUGUGUGCUAAAGUUGGUGUGGAUCCACUUGCUUCAAACAAGGGCUUCUGGGCUGAGCUUCUUGGAAUUGGUGACUUCUACUAUGAACUUGGCGUUCAGAUUAUUGAAGUUUGCAUGCUUACAAGGUCCCUCAAUGGAGGUUUGAUCAGCUUGCAAGAGCUUUGCAACCAUCUUCGUCAGAGAAGGAAAAAAGACCGUGAAGCUGUCACCGAAGAUGAUUGUCUCCGAGCUAUUAGCAAGCUAAAGGUAUUGGGUAGUGGAUUUGAGGUCAUCACAAUUGGCAAGAAAAAGCUUGUCCGUUCAGUCCCCACUGAGCUCAACAAAGACCAUAACCAAAUCUUGGAGCUGGCUCAGGGUCAAGGCUUUGUGACUGUGGAACAAGUACAAAGACGGCUCUCGUGGACAUCAGGUCGGGUCAUAGAUGCUCUCGAAACUUUGUUAGAGGAGGGCCUUGCAAUGAUCGACAAUGGCAGUAAAGACGGAAAAUAGCCACCUUGUAACUAUUGGUUACGCUUGGCUGCUGGAGAGGUCAGUUUCUUCUGUCCACUCAGAGUUUGGUUCGCUCCAUGACCUCGGUCUCACCCCGAGCUUGAAGAACAACACCAUCUCCAGUAUCUCAAAGGCCUUGCUUUCAUCUAAAACCUUGUUCCAAACCCCACUCACAAUGCAGUAAUUGUUGUUAUACGGUGCUCGGUGAUGUUCCCCGUGCUGUUUCCUUGAAACAAGC